ACGUGAGCCGCGCUGCGGCGCUCCGCUCCGCGCCGUCAUGGUGGCCCCGAUGUACGGUUCACCCGGCGGCCGCCUGGCCCGGGCGCUGACGCGGGCGCUGGCGCUGGCCCUGGUGCUGGCCCUGCUGGUCGGGCUGUUCCUGAGCGGCUUGACGGGCGCAAUCCCGAUCUCGGGACGCCAGUGGGGGCCCAACGGGCCGGUCCCUCCCGAGUCCCGCAGCCGCUCGGUGCUCCUGGACGCCGAAACCGGCCAGCUCCGCCUCGUGGAUGGCCGCCACCCGGAUGCCGUGGCCUGGGCCAACCUCACUAACGCCAUCCGCGAGACCGGGUGGGCCUUUCUGGAGCUGCAGACGAACGGCCACUACAACGACAGCCUGCAGGCCUACGCCGCGGGUGUGGCAGAGGCCGCUGUGUCUGAGGAGCUCAUCUACAUGCACUGGAUGAACACGGUGGUGAAUUACUGUGGCCCCUUCGAGUAUGAAGUCGGUUACUGCGAGAAGCUCAAGAGCUUCCUGGAGACCAACCUGGAGUGGAUGCAGGAGGAGAUGGAGCUGAACAAGGGCUCUGCUUACUGGCAUCAGGUGCGGCUGACCCUCCUGCAGCUGAAAGGCCUCGAGGACAGCUAUGAAGGCAGUAUGACCUUUCCAACUGGGAGGUUUACCAUCAAACCCUUGGGGUUCCUCCUGUUGCAGCUCGCCGGGGACCUGGGAGACUUGGAGCCCGCCUUGAAUAAGACCAAGACCAAGCACGUUAUGGGCUCUGGCUCUUGCUCUGCCCUCAUCAAGCUGUUGCCUGGCCAGACGGACCUCUUGAUCGCCCACAACACCUGGAGCUCCUACCAGAACAUGCUGCGCGUCAUCAAGAAGUACUGGUUCCAGUUCCGGGAAGACCCCCAAGAAAACUCUCCCCUGGCUCCUGGCAACAAGCUGGUCUUCUCGUCCUACCCUGGCGCACUCUUCUCCUGUGACGACUUCUACAUCAUCGGCAGCGGGCUGGUGACACUGGAGACCACCAUCGGCAACAGGAACCCGGCCCUCUGGAAGUAUGUGCGGCCCAAGGACUGUGUGCUGGAGUGGUUGCGUAAUGUGGUGGCCAAUCGCUUGGCCUUGGACGGGGACGCCUGGGCAGACACCUUCAAGAGGUUCAACAGUGGCACGUACAACAACCAGUGGAUGAUCGUGGACUACAAGGCAUUCGUCCCUGGCGGGCCCAGCCCCAGGAACAGGGUGCUCACCAUCCUGGAGCAGAUCCCGGGCAUGGUAGUGGUGGCCGAUAAGACCUCAGAACUCUACCAGAAGACCUACUGGGCCAGCUACAACAUACCGUACUUUGAGAGUGUGUUCAAUGCCAGUGGGCUGCAGGCCCUGGUGGCCCAGUACGGAGACUGGUUCUCCUAUGAUGGGAGCCCCCGGGCCCAAAUCUUCCGGCGGAACCAGUCGCUGGUGCAUGACCUGGACUCCAUGCUCCGGCUCAUGAGGUACAAUGACUUCCUGCAUGACCCCCUGUCGCUUUGCAAAGCCUGCAACCCCCAGGCCAACGCAGAGAACGCCAUCUCAGCCCGCUCUGACCUGAACCCAGCCAACGGCUCCUACCCUUUCCAGGCCCUGCACCAGCGCUCCCACGGGGGCAUAGAUGUAAAGGUGACCAGCAUGGCACUGGCCAGGGCCUUUCACAUCAUCGCCGUCAGUGGCCCUACGUGGGACCAGCUGCCUCCGUUCCAGUGGAGCUCCUCGCCCUUCAGCGGCCUGCUGCACAUGGGCCAGCCUGACCUCUGGAAGUUCUCGCCCAUUGAGGUCUGGUGGGACUGAGUCUCCUUCUCUGCCCUGCUGACCCCCAGCGGGGCCACCCUCCGGCCGCCACCCUGACCUCCUGCCCACCCCCUCCGUGGGCUUCGUCCCCUGCUGUGCCCGGAUCAGGGACCUGGGUCUGCCAGGUUCACUCUUGUCUGGGUCGUCUCUUGGGUGGGAUGCGGGGCCCGAUGGGGCCCAGAACUGACUCGUUCGCUCCCCUUAAGUGAGGGAGUGCCUCCCCUGUCCCCUGCCUCUUUGCAUCUCUCUCUCUCUCCUCUCUCUCUACUCUGUCUGCUUCUCUCUUUCUCCUAUGCUGGGGUCCUGUCCUCACAUGCUGCCCCCUCUAGAGGGCUUGGGAGGGGUCCUCGGAUGGGGUUUCGGGCCGCUGGUAGAGCAGGAGGGGACCGUUCCAGUUCCUGCCUCUCAGUGUCAUUCCUGCUGGUGGCUCUGGGACUUGUGGGGUUUCGGCCCCGGGACCUGGGCAUUGCCUUUGGUUGGCAUCGGGCCUUCUGUCUCCCAGCCCCAGCCGCUCUGCUCCCUCAGGAAGCAGCCCCCUUGUUUCCCCUUCUGGACAGCUUCCCUGAGGACAGAAACUUGAAAACAAACAUAAACCAAAGUUUCUGGUGACUUGUGGCUGGAGGGGCCUUCAGGGGCGGACAAGAGUGUCAGCCUCUCUGCUGCAGCCUCAUGCCCCCUGCCCCCACUUUGGUCCCCCGCCCCUGGCCUCAGGACAGUGCCCACAGCUCCCCUGCUGUAAGAACCAAAUUGCAGGCUGUGCUGCCAUUAAAGGAGAGGCCGUGGCC